ACGUGAGCGUCAGCCAGUCAGUUGUAGUUUUGAAAGUAUCGUAAGACUCAUCAUUAACAGACCUAAAGAAAUCGAACCCGAAACAAUACAAAAUACACAACUGCAAUUUUCGUUGUGUCAAGAUACGGAUUUGAAUAUGGAAGCGAACGAAGAAGGCGUCACUUCCAUACGUGAAUCUGUAAAAAGUGACACCGACAACUGUGAACACCAUCCAGACAACGUUGGUAGUUCGGCUGCUGAGUCUCUAAGUAAUACAGCAGAUGAAAAUGCAGAGGAAGAGCCAACAGACGUCCAAAAGCUAACGAAAAGGCAGUUGAGAAAACUUAAAAAACACGAAAAAUGGUUGGAAUAUAAGCCCAUUAAAAGAGCUAAAGAUAAAGAGAAGAAAAAGCAAAGACGCAGAGAUGCGAAAGAAAGAGGAGAGGAACCAGCUCCUAGUCGUAAAAAGUUAAAGCUAAAUACCAUGGCCAAGUCUGAUUGUCGUGUGUCUGUGGCUAUCGACUGCUCCUUUGACAACUACAUGUUGGAGAGGGAUAUUCUGAAAUUGGGAAAACAGAUCCGUUGGUGCUAUUCUACCAACAGGAGGGCAGCCAAUCCUGUUCAACUUCAUGUUGUGGGUAUUAAUGGCCAGAUCAAGACUCGACUUGAUGGUGUUGGGGACUACAAAAAUUGGGAUAUUCAUAGUUCAGAGAAAGGUUAUGAGGAACUUUUUGAAAAAGACUCCAUAGUGUAUCUGUCUAGUGAUUCUCCAAACAUCCUUUCUGACCUUGAACCUGAUAAAGUAUACAUUAUUGGUGGACUGGUGGACCAUAACCAUCACAAGGGCCUUUGCUAUCAGGUGGCAGUAGAAAAAGGCUUGGCACAUGCACAGCUUCCAAUAUCAGAAUACAUACAGCUGAAGUCACGUAAAGUACUUACAAUCAACCAUGUAUUUGAAAUUCUACUGAGUUACACAGAAACGAAAGACUGGCAAAAAGCAUUCUACACAGUAUUACCUCAAAGGAAGGGAGUUGAACUGAAGGAUUUAAGUGAUCGUGAACACAAGGAAUCACUUGAUAAGCACUCAAAUGAGGAGGAGGGGGAGGUGUCAGAUGAAGAUCUUUCUAGUGACAACCAGGUGACUACUAACUGUGAUAAUACAGAUUCAGAAAGUCUAAUCGAGCCCACCGAAGGUCAAAACUGCAUAGAAAAGGACAGUGAUAAUAAAGUUGUGUGUGACUCUGACAAAACAGAACAACAAGUAACUUGAACAAAUCUCAUAAUGGAGAAGCAAAAUUAUACCACAACGAUUGUGAUUAAGAUUUAUUGAAUAAAGAAAGAUAACUAUUUACCUGA